AUGGCAGAACUCUACAAAACGAUCGAGGUAUUGGAACAACGACAUAAGCGAUCCCAACUGAUGGAGACAUACGGAGAACUAAUGCAAGCCAGACGGCGCCUGAAGGACAUCCUAACGAAACGAUACCACCGAUCGAUUCAGCGAUCCAAGGGGUUCUUCUACGCACACGCCAACAAAAGGGGAAGGUACUUGGCACGUUUACUGAAAGGAAACACACCACGCACACAGGUACGUAAUUUGCGCCUCUCAACAGGAGCCAUGUCGAAUCUCCCGAACAAAAUAGCAGAGGAAUUUCGGGAAUACUACCGGACACUUUACAAUAUACACACGUGUGACAGACGAGAUGAGAUAGACACGGGAAACACCCGAAUACGGGAAUACCUGGAGGAGGCGGUCACGACAACGAUCAGCCCAGAAGAG